UGCACCCACUUUCAUGCUUACUCCAGGACUGGCCACGAGUUCCACUGGGUGUUCCGUUCUUCGCUGCCCACUCAGGAGCAACUCUGUCAUCUAGCCCACUUCGGGGCUCCCAGAGAACACAGACCUGCAAAUCACCAUUUGAAGAGCAACUCUGAGCUUACCCAAGAUGUCUGUGAAAAUGACAGCAGCCCUUCUCCUGCUACAGCUGAGUGGCUUCUUUGGAUCUGGGAAUGCUGGGAAGGUGCUGGUGUGGCCAAUGGAAUACAGUCAUUGGCUCAACUUAAGGACAAUCCUGGAUGAACUUGUAAAGAAGGGCCAUGAAGUGACAGUUCUGAUACCCUCAGCCUCCCUUUCUUAUGAGGUUGGAGACACAUCUGCUAUUGAAUUUGAGACAUACCCUUCAUCCACUUCCCUGGCUGACGUGGCAGCAAUUUUUAUGGAAUCAAUCAGGAAAUGUGUUUAUGAGCUGCCAAAGCAAUCAUUUUGGGGAUACUUUGUAUUGUUGCAAGAAGUGGUUUGGGAAAAUUCAAAUUAUUUUGAAAGUCUCUGCAAAGAUGUAGUUUUUAACAAGGAACUCAUGGCAAAACUACAAAAUUCAAGCUUUGAUGUCAUAGUAGCAGAUCCCUUCAUACCCUGCGGUGACCUGCUGGCUGAGAUUCUCAAGAUACCACUUGUAUACAGUCUGCGAUUCUUCCCUGGAUCCACACAUGAGAAGUACAGUGGAGGACUACCACUGCCUCCUUCCUAUGUGCCCGUUGCUAUGUCAGAAUUGAGUGAUCGAAUGACAUUCAUGGAGAGGGUAGAAAAUCUGAUCUAUGUGCUUUCUUUUGACUUUUGGUUCCAAAAUUUUAACGAGAAGAGGUGGAAUCAGUUUUACAGUGAAGUCUUGGGAAAACCCACAACACUCGCUGAGAUGAUGGGGAAGGCAGACAUAUGGCUCAUUAGAACCUACUGGGAUUUGGAAUUUCCUUACCCUGUCUUACCAAACUUUGAUUUUGUUGGAGGACUCCACUGCAGACCUGCCAAGCCUCUACCAAAGGAAAUAGAAGAUUUCGUCCAGUCUUCCGGAGAACAUGGUGUGGUAGUGUUUUCCCUGGGGUCCAUGGUGGGUACCCUAACAGAAGAAAGGGCCAAUGUGAUUGCAGCAGGCCUUGCCCAGAUUCCACAGAAGGUUCUUUGGCGAUUUGAAGGCAAGAAGCCAGACACCUUGGGCUCCAACACUCGGCUCUACAAAUGGAUUCCCCAGAAUGACCUUCUCGGUCACCCUAAAACCAGAGCCUUUAUUACUCAUGGUGGCACCAAUGGCAUCUAUGAGGCGAUCUACCAUGGGAUCCCUGUGGUGGGCAUUCCUUUGUUUGGAGACCAGUUUGAUAAUGUUGUUCACAUGAAGACCAAAGGAGCAGGGGUUCGAGUGGACUUUCUUACAAUGUCCAGUGCAGAUUUGUUCCAUGCUGUGAAGAAAGUCACUAAUGACCCUUCGUGA